UGAGUGCACACUUGUGAGCUAUGCGGAAAAACAAGUCGAGACAAUAACUCCACACAACUUCCUAUUGCAAAAAAAUAUUCCACACACCCACGGGAGCCGAGAACCGCACAGCCUGGCAGCUCCUUCUCUUUGCAGAAUUAGGCUGCUUUUGUUUUAUUGGUCAAAUGAUGAGCGUUAAUAACGAAAGGGCCGUGAGCGUCCUUAAACAGAUCCGACAAAAACCCGGCAACGGAGUUUGCGCGGACUGCAAAGAGACAGAUCCGUCAUGGGCUUCGUGUUCCUUGGGAAUUUUCAUCUGUCUCACCUGCUCGGGAAUCCAUCGGAAUAUUCCCAAACUAAGCAAAGUGAAAUCGUUAACCCUCGCACGAUGGGAGGACUCUGAAAUCGAGUUCAUGGCUGAAAAUGGCAAUACUGCAGUCUGUGCGAAAUACGAAGCUGAGGUUCCAGUGUAUUACUACAGACCGACGCAAAGGGACUGCCAGAUUGUGAAAGAGCAGUGGAUUCGAGCGAAGUACGAGCGAGAGGAGUUCAUUGCAGGAGGAGGGAAGAGCCUGCCCUACGAGAAAGGCUCCAGAGAGGGGCUGCUGUGGAAGAGAGGACGGGAUAACGGACAGUUCCUGCACAGGAAGUUCGUUCUGUCCGAGAGAGACGGGACCCUGAGAUACUUCCACAGACUCGAUGCCAAGGAGCCCAAAGCCAUCAUCAAAGUGGACUCCCUGAACGCCACCUUCCAGCCGAGCAAGAUCGGGAACCCCAACGGACUGCAGCUGAGUUACCUGAAGGAUUACAGCACGAGAAACAUUUUCAUCUACCACGAGAACAGCAAGGAGAUCGUUGACUGGUUCAAUUCUAUCAGGUCUCUUCAGCUCCGUUACUUACAGGUUGCCUUUCCUGGCGCGAGUGAUUUAGAAUUGAUUCCGAAACUGACCAGGAGCUUCCUCAAAGAAGGCUACAUGGAGAAAACUGGACCGCGGCACACAGAAGAGUUUAAGAAGCGCUGGUUUUCGCUGGAUCACAGGCGCCUCAUGUAUUUCAAGGACCCCUUGGAUGCCUUUGCGAAGGGAGAGGUUUUCAUUGGUCACCGGGACAUGGGCUACAGCGUGAAGGCGGGACUUCCUGCCGGGACCCACUGCAGCGGCGCCUGGCAACACGGGAUCACCAUAGUAACGCCGGAACGCAGUUUCCUGCUUACCUGCGAGACCGAGAGAGACCAGCAGGACUGGAUCGGCCACUUCGAGAGCCUGCUGCAGCGCACCAUGUCACCACAAGAGUACGCCAUGGAGGCUCUCUUCAAACACAAGCCCUGAUCGCUGUCGGAAACCAAGCGACCUUUCACCUCCGCGUGACAACUUCCUUCCUGCGUUUUUGAGCUCUGACGACUUCCUGUGUGUUGGACUGUGUUGUCGUGUUUUUUUUUUUUUUUUUUUUUUUAAUGUCCUUGUUGUUGGGGGGGGCUGUUAAAGGUGUCGCACCUGAGGUUUUCUUUUAAACGCCCAUUUCCUGGCGUUGGGUUUUUGUGCCUUUUUCACUGCUGCCUGUGUCAUCAUGUAGUUUUGAAUGUUUCAUUUUCUAGAAAUGUACUUUUCCGAAUGUGCUACACUAGUGCUUCCGAAACCCGUCGUUUUGUUUGACGUCUUGUCCGAAGGACGGUGCACAAGGAGGUGAAGUGACUUUCUCAGGGUCACACACACACACACACACACACACACAGCGAGUCGGAGGCUCAGCCGGGAUUUGAACCCUCCUGGUAUCAAGACCCCCUUUCUCUCCAUUUUAUCAGCUGUUAAACAGAUGCAGAUUUCACCUUUAACUGUAAAAUUUGAUAAACAACUUGCAAAUCUGCAACUUUAUCUUUUAGAAACAAUUAAAAAGAUCUAAUUAAGACACUUCUCAGUUGGAUUCAGGGUCUGGUUCAGUGAUUUGAGAGCUUGGUUGGAAUUGAAACCAGCCGGCACAGCACAGGGGGCCUCGGGACCGGGGGUGGGAAGCUCUGUUUUACACUAUGGAACCUGCACUCUUACACGGCAUGCACUAAUUAUAGUCCCUGUGUGUGUGUGUGUUGCUCAUGCAGGGUGAUUAUUUUCCGUUCUGUGUCUGAAGCCUCACUUAUUAGUUUAAAUCCUUUUUUUUUUUGUAAUUAUUAACUGUAAUUGUUUUAAACUUGCUAACAUCAAGUGUGUUAUGAACGGGGGAAAUUAUAUAAAUAAAUCACGGAUUGUAUUAAGA